CCAGUUGCUAAUCUACGGAACUAAUCGAAUAGCGGUUUCAUCUUUCAGAAUUAAUUUACUAAUUAGAAAAAUGCUGCGUUUCUUAAGGAGCAGCGCAAUGUUGCGUGCACAGUGGGUAAAAAGCUAUGCAACUGUGGCAAAAGAAGCAUCAAUUCCAGAUCCUCAGACAUCUCCGGAAGUGCUCUACACGGACAUCUUCAUCAACAAUGUGUGGCACAAGAGCGAGUCGGGAAGGACCUUUGACAGCAUCAAUCCCACCACCGAGGAGACCAUUGCCCAGGUGCAGCUGGCGGGCGGAGAGGAUGUGGACUUUGCCGUGAAGGCGGCUCGUCAGGCAUUCAAAUUUGGUUCUCCCUGGCGUCGUAUGGAUGCCUCGGAGCGUGGCCGUUUGCUCUACCGUCUCGCCGAUCUCAUGGAGCGUGACCAGGUCUAUUUGGCCAGCCUGGAGACCUUGGACAAUGGCAAGCCAUAUAACAUGUCCUAUAAUGUGGAUUUGCCGCUGGCCAUCAAGAAUCUGCGCUACUUUGCCGGCUGGGCGGAUAAAACGCAGGGUAAAACGAUUCCCAUGGAUGGGGACUUCCUCACCUACACACGCCACGAGCCGGUGGGAGUGUGCGCCCAGAUUAUACCCUGGAAUUUUCCCAUUUUAAUGAUGGCCUGGAAACUGGGCCCAGCCUUGGCCACCGGCAAUACAAUUAUCCUGAAGCCUGCCGAGCAGACCACCCUGACGGCUCUGUACAUUGCCCAGCUGGUGAAGGAGGUGGGAUUCCCCGAGGGUGUUGUUAAUGUGCUACCGGGUAUGGGCGACACAGGUGCUCUACUGGCCAAUCACCAGGAUGUCGACAAGGUCGCCUUCACGGGAUCCACAGAGGUGGGCAAGUCAAUUCAAUUGGCAUCGGGAAACACGAACUUGAAGCGUGUCACCCUCGAGUUGGGCGGUAAAUCGCCCAACAUUAUAUUGGCCGAUGCCGACAUGGAUUACGCCGUGGAGAUGGCGCAUUUUGGUCUCUUCUUUAACAUGGGUCAGUGCUGCUGUGCCGGCUCCCGCACCUUUGUGGAGGACAAGAUCUACGAUGAGUUUGUGGAGCGCAGUGCGGAGCGUGCUGGGAAGCGGACCGUUGGCAAUCCCUUCGAGCUGAACACCGAGCAGGGUCCCCAGAUCAGCCAGGACCAGAUGAUCAAGAUCCUGUGUCUCAUCGAGUCCGGCAAGGAAGAGGGCGCCAAGCUAGUCGCCGGUGGCAAUCGUUCCGACGAUAUGCCCGGCUACUUUGUCCAGCCCACGGUCUUUGCCGAUGUCCAGGACAACAUGGCCAUCGCUCGCGAAGAGAUCUUCGGUCCCGUUCAGCAGCUGAUUCGUUUCAAGCAACUCGACGAGGUCAUCGUCCGUGCCAACAACUCGAAUUACGGCCUCGCCGCCGGCAUCUUCACCAAGGAUCUGGACAAGGCCAACUACCUGGUGAAUGGUCUACGUGCCGGCACAGUCUGGCUAAAUACCUACAAUGUUCUCGCCGCUCAGGCUCCAUUCGGUGGCUACAAGAUGUCCGGCCAUGGACGGGAGAACGGGGAAUACGCGCUCUCCAACUACACUGAGGUCAAGAGUGUCAUCGUCAAGGUGCCACAGAAGAACUCCUAAUGGAUCACAUUAAUAUGGAUCUUACCAAUUUACAUCCAAUUUGAUUUACAUUUACAUCAUUUGUAAACAAGUGAAAAAUUUGAUAAACUUUGUCAAAUAAAUGUAAUAGUCAACCGA